UUGCCUUGCCUUGGUUUGUAUUAUUAAUAACAGUUGCAAAUGGCAAUAGCAAUGCUCUGAAAGCGUUGAGACGGUUUCAUAACAUAUUCGAAUAACAGUUCUAAAAUUGUGUGAAAUAAUUUGGUAUGUGUAUUGAAAACCGUGGUCGACGUUAUAUUAUGUGAAGCAGACCAGUGCUUUCAAUAUUUUCAAAAUGAACUACAUUAAGUUUUUAUGGUUAUUCGGUUUGUGUACCGUUCAUGCAACGACGAUUGCCACACACUGGAUGGUUACUGAAACGGGACUGAUACAACCUCGAGCUGACUCUCCAUUCAUAAUGGAACAUCCCAAUGAUCUAUUAGCAUUCUUAAAUCAAGACACGAGAUGGGAUAACAUCCACAACCUGUAUUAUGAUUUAUAUAACCGCCAACAAAUCAUUGAUCAGCUUUGGCUUGACAUUGAAAAGGGUACUGAAGUGACAACUAUACUCACUUCCAAUCAACACUGUGUUAGAGUGGGACAGCUGAAUAUUAUAGAUUGGUAUACAUCAUUCUUAGAAGAUGGCAAAUCGAAAGGAGUACCCGAUGAGGAUUUUUUACUUAGAGAGACUGAUUAUGGAGAUACCGAUGUACCUGAUUGUAAAAAGAUAUCUUCAUUGACAUUUAGCAUGUUUGCCUUUGAGCAUUUAGAGGGUUUGAAUCAAAGAGAGAAUUUAUCAAUUGAUCCUGAACUGUCACUCCCAGAACAAAUAACUCCCAUUAUGACUGUUGAUCCAUUUGGUCACUGGCUUGCAGCAAUGCUAAGGCGGAAUAACUCUUCCUGGCUUCAUUAUAACAUGGCUUCUCUAUAUUGGAGAGUAAAAGGAAAUGCACCUAAAGCUAUGGAGUGCAGCAGAAGAGCUGUUCAUUAUGCUCCUAGAAAGUAUAAAGACAUAGCUUUAUUGAGCAUGGGUACAAUACUUCACCGCAGCAAAAGGACCGAAGAUGCUAUAGUAGUUCUCAGAGCAGCUACUGAUCACGAUCCGACAUUCACAUACAAUCAUUUCUCUCUAGCCAAUGCCUAUGCUGUGUUCGGUGACUUCAAUAGUUCCUUAAAACAUUUCGCUGAGUGUCUCAAACUGAAUCCUACUUUUGAAUUGGCAGUGCGACAUAAAAUUGCAGUUUUAUGUCACCUUUAUGUGUCUGAUACAAUUGAAGAGUUAAAGGAAACCCUGCAAAAACUCCGCCAAGAGCUAACAGAAUAUGCAAGAAGAGAGAGUGAAUGGCUGAAAAGUCAAGCUGCGUUUUUGAGGACAAUGAAACAUGAAGAAGAAUUUGAUUACCGAAAUAUAGACAAUAAUUGUAAAAAGAUGACCAAUAUAACUGGUUUAAAAAUAAAAGAACUGAAACUACAAGGAGACAGAAACUCAUUGCUCCAAUAUUUCUUGGACAGUCCGAUGUACAAUGAUCAAUGGUUGAAGGAGAAAGGUGUACUCGCAAUAGAAUCGGCCGGGAAUCUCCAGAAACUGGUCAAACACAUCCGGCAGAAUUCGCCGAAGGAAGCAACACUGAAAAUCCGACCAGAGAAACUGAAAGUAGCUGAAGUGGAAGUAUUAAAAGAGAUUGGUCCAACACCUAUAUUCCCUGAUAUUUAUACAGAUAUGAAAGAAAAGACACUGAUUGAAGUUUUGGCUGCGGCAGAAUUUCGAAAGAACAACGAAAGAAAACCAGGUCAGAAUAAAAAAGAAAGUGAAACUUCUCCGUUCGAAACUGGUGUAAUGAUGUAUCCGCCUACAAUAAAAAUCAAUAGGAAUCAUCAAGAUUUCGACGUCGACGCUGAUUGGCCCUCAACGGAUUUUUGUAAAGAGAAUUCUCCAAACUUCCCCGAGAAUCUUGAGGCUAUAUAUCCGACGUUUAUGCCAUUUGAAAAUAAAGGAAUCAGGCUGAUGACUCUAUUGACGGAUAUGAUAGGAGUUCCGGCCUCCGUGGAGCAUGAGCUGCCUUGGCACCCCCCCACCUGCCCGCCGGAUAAGGAUAUCACACUAUUCACACAAAAGAAAGUCAAGCCUCAGUUCUCGAGCGAGGUGGCCGGCGUGGGCCCGCUGCGCCGCAAGCUGCACGAGUACGUCGCGGACGGAGACCUCGCCGCCGCGCAGCGCAUGCAGGACGCGGAGAUCGGACAGAGGAUAUACGCGGCCAUGCAGAAGAAACUAGCGCCGAAAUGGAUCCUGUACACGUUGUCAUCGCUGUACUGGCGCGUGCGAAGCAACAACAUAAACGCUUUACACUGCCUCCUCAACGCCGGCAGGACUGUCGAAAAUAAAUACAGAGAUAUAGUGUUGACUUCAGUAGCGUCGAUAUAUCUGGAGAUGGGGUACUUCGACGAGGCCUUCACCGUUGCCGAAGAAGCGUUCAGACUGAGUCUGUUUGAGCCAGCAACAAACUUUAUACUGGCAGAAUUGAAUAUGAUUAAUAAACAUCGGAAGACGCAUUUGAUUCACUUGAAGCAAGUUUUAAGAGUAGAACCCUCUUUUAUGGGAGGAAUCGUUCGGAAACUUUUGAUCGGAUGGGCUUGUAUACUAAAGCAAGUUAACACUGUGAACGAAGUGGAACUCGAGGAGGGUGAGGUUUGUUCUCGGGUCGAGACGGGAACGAACAUGGUCUGCGAAAAGGACGGCUCCAACUGUCAAAUGUCCAACGUUAAAUGCUUUAGUAGCCGUGAACGCGAGAGUGGGGGCGGCGCUAUGGUUAGAAUGUUAGAGCUAAAAGACGAAAACUCACAACGACCCGAUGUCGAACGCAUAGAGUCGGAUGUGUUCGAUCACGUGAUAAGGAACAUGCCCGCCGAGUCCUCCGAUAAGGUGGCCCAUUUAAAAAACUACGACGCCAUGCUGAGGACCAUGGACAAAUCAUUGAACGUCUGCGGGAAGGAUGGAUGUUAUUCUGAAAUCCAACUCGACAAUAUAUUACUAGAAGAAGAGGACUGUUCAAAUCAACAUUUGCAAUUGAGCUAUUGGUUGCACGUCAGUUUUAGACAGAUGCUAAGCGAAGCCGAUCUCGGGCUCGUGCAAGAGAUAACAGCGACUCCACCGGCCGGAAGAAAAGUUCCUGAUUGCAGAGCGCCCACUGUACAGGACUUCUUCAUAGACCGCAUGAUAACCGUGGACACGGCCGGUUGGGAACCGGUGUUCAGCCUAAUGCAUCAGCUCGCCGAGAUGUUCAACUUCUACGAUUAUACGACGCUCGGAUCCAAAAUCGCCAAAUACGUUGAAUCUCACCCGAGCUCGUGGUCGGCGCUGAUGUGGGCGGGGUGGUGGUGCGGGGCGGGGGGCCGCGGGCCGUGCGCCGCGCGCUGCCUGUGCGCCGCGCAUGCGCACGCGCCCGCGCACGCACACACGUACGCGCUCUCCGGGCUCGUCGCUCUGCUGCACAUGCAAUCGAAACAAAAGGACGCUAAAGAUAUAUCGUAUCUGGCUUUGUACUCUUCGCCUAAAAGUAAAAAUGAAGCGUUUUUGGUGGCCUUGUCUCAUACUUUACUGGUCGAGUACGACAGAGCGAUAUGGAUGUACCGGUACGCCCUCUCAUUCGACGACAAGUUCCUUCCGGCGAGCGCGUGUCUGCACGCCACCAUGUGCCUCAUGAUAUUCGGCGACGCCAAACAACGGAACAAGGAAAACUGAACCCUAUCGCUCACAUCCUAAGUUAUAUAAUGUAUUUAUCGACGUUUUACUACUUACCACUUUACUACCUACUUUACCUCUACGAAACAUAAUUCGAUCUUUAAUGUUUGAGAUAUUAUGUGACUCACAUGAAAUCAUUGUUAGGUGUCUGAAUCUGUGUUAAAUCUGUGACAUUUACAAAACAGACCGGUUCGUUUGAGACGGGAUAUCGAGACAUAUGUUUAUUAAACUAACAAUUACCGGACAAAUGCAUUGAAAGAAAUUAUUAAUUUUAUAUUUAUGUAUGUGUAUUGCUAUUGACAUUCAUUGAUAAAUUUCCCGUCUUUUUUUUAAAUGGCAACACUGAAUCGUUAACAUUCUAAAAAAAAAUUCGACGCAGGUUAACAAAUAAAAAUUGGCUGUUUAUUGAUGGCCAAUUCACAAAUUUACAUUGUAUUUUGACAGAAUCGAUUUUCGUGUAGCCAGCCUAACCAGAUUAACUGUAAAUCAAAAUGAAAUAUAAUUAAAAAAAAUAUUUAGAGCGUACAUAAUCUCUUGAACUUUUUAAAUAUGUAUUUAUGUCGUAUUCAUUAUUAUGGAAUUAGGAUAUGACAUAAUUAUACCAUUCCAUGAUUCAUUAUUAUGAAAUUAGGAUAUGACAUAAUUAUACCAUUCCAUGUGUUUUCCGAACUUCGCCGUGUUUGUUCGUAGCACAGUCUAUUUAAAUGAAUUGUUUACAUAAAAAUGUGAUUUGAUAUUUGCAAAGAGGUGUCCCUCUGGGUGCUGGAAUUACAGUGUAUCAGUGUGACAAGGAUAUAAUUGAAUGUGGGUAACACUUGUCAUGUGACUUACUGGUAUAAUUACUGGACGUAGGACCUCUUGUAAGUCCGCGCGGGUAGGUAUUACCGUCCUGCCUAUUUCUGCCGUGAAGCAGUAA